AUGUCAGCUCUUAGUAGCUCUGUUGGCUUGCCUUGUGAGCGGCUGUCGCAUGCCUACCGAGGCGAAUCCAGUACCCUUGUCGGGGAAGACGAUGCGACCACCAAAGCAAGUGAGCUCCCGAGUCCUGUCACCCUUAUCCUUUACAAUUUAGAAGACGUUCUCGAGAACGAAGAUGACUUCGAAAUCUGGCACCACAAGGUCGUUCGAGCCCUCGAAAGCUACGUUCUCCAGCGCCCAAUCGACCAGAGGGUUCCACAAUCAUCGAAACUGACCUCGAAGCUGCUAGGGAGUGGCAGAGGCUGUCGAUUUGAGUCACCGAAUACAUUAUCGCCAAUAUGUCGGACCACAUUCGUACACCAGGUCAAGUCUCGAGGGGUGCGAUUCGAGCGAGCAGAAGAAUCCAUGGGACAGGCUGUCAAGUUAUUCUGGGAUCAGAGCUUCUUUGUUCCCACUUGCAAGCAGUCGUACCGACGUACCCCUGUACUUUGCCGGUCACUCUCAUGCCUCUCCUACGACUCACUCUACAUCUUCAGCAAUCCGCUUCUCGGGGCGAUCGACACCCCUCCUUCGACGCACAUAUCGUGUCGUUUCUUCACGCGACCAGUCCAUCUCAUCCCGAACCUGACGCGGGGAAUUGUCUUCGCCUUCCAGAAGAUUCGCCGAAUCGGGAUUCCUGAACUCGUGUCAAUCCAAAUCGGUGAAAACACCUUCGCUUUAUGGCCCACCGCAAUCAAAUGCGCUCUCGACACUCGCGACCCUGGCCUUUUCGAGUGCCUUACCGGUAAGUACGCUCGACGAGAUUCCCAGAACACCACAGCUCUCGAGGGGACUCGUAAGUUUCGCCACAUCUUUUUCGGUCUUCUCAAGACCUUCUUGGUUCCCACUCAUAACACUGGCUUUGAAAAGUCCCAUAAGCCCGGUCCCGGCCCACGUCCUGAAGACGAAGGUUGA